GAGAAAUAUAAUAAAAAAAAUUCAAAAAAAUGAAGAACUCAACAAGAUUAGCUGCGGACGGCGGCAUGGCUGGCGGCGGCGGCGGAGACGGCGAUCGUAGAUACUCGUGCAGGACGACAAGCGAAACUCUGGAGUGGAUCCACGGCAUAAUAGAUUUCCUCAAACGUUACCGAUUUUUCCUAGAUGCUCACGUCGUUAAUUUCUACAAGGAUAGGCUGUGGGAAGCAGUUGAUGGAGAGUGGAUGGAUUGCCUGCGUAGAGAGCCUGUCGAGAAACUGAUGCAAAUUCCUUCUGGUAUGGUCCAGGAACAUUGGCCUGCUUCACUCAAGGAAUAUGUGCACACAGUGAGGUCUCUUAGUCUUCCUCGCAACCAGGCAGAUCUACAGAAGGCUUUCCCAGGUGUGCGAGUAGCAGAACUCAAUAACGUAAUUUCGCAAGGCAUGAAUCGGAAGAAAAAACAUGAAAUAGAAGCCCUUGCUGCUGUUAUUGAUUCAAUUGCUAGGAGAGUUGGAGCCGACACUGUCGUCGAUGUUGGUUCGGGGCAGGGUUACCUUUCUCAAGUUCUUUCCUUUGAGCAUGGUCUUUCUGUAAUAGCAAUUGAUGCCUCUUCCCACCAUGGGAGCAUCACAGAUGCACGGGCUAAACGAAUUGAGAAAUAUUAUGCAGCUAAAUUAUGCAAAUCUAGAUUACAAAAUAAAGGUUUCAGCAAACCCAGAACAGUCACAUGCCAAGUGCUGUCCCCUGCAAUGUUGAAAGAUGUCAGCAGCUCUUUAGUCCAGGUUGAUGAUUUGGAUAAACCUUCGAUUAUCAGGACACAGGCUGAAAAAAAUUCCCUAGAAGAAACUAAUGGAAGUAAAUCUCCCUCGUCCUUGAAAGGGAAUGCCAACUCUUCAUUGGUUCUGGCCGGACUUCAUGCCUGUGGAGAUCUUUCAGUGACUAUGCUUAGGACAUUCAUGGAAUGUGAUGAAGUUAAAGCAGUGAUAAGCAUUGGUUGUUGUUAUAACUUAUUAUCUGAAGAUGACACCGCAGAGGCAGAUAAUCUAUAUGGUUUUCCAAUGAGCAAAGGCACUAAAUCUGCAGGUUUCAGGCUAGGAAGAAAUGCCCGCGAUCUCGCCUGUCAGAGUCCAGAUAGAUGGAGAACAUUGGGAGAAGCGGCUGGCCUCCACAAUUUUGAGCUUCAUGCAUUUCGUGCUUCCUUUCAGAUGGUUCUGUUCCGGUACUAUCCUGAAACAAUAUUUAGAAACCCUUCCAUAGGCCGUCAAGGCAAGGCUAUACGCCGCCAACACAACAGAAGGAUCCUGGUUUUGGAUGCAGAUUCGAUUGAUAGUGCUGAAUCUUUCUCUCAGAAAAAUUGUUCCACCUGGGCUAGAAAUCGUUUGAUUAAUGAACCUUAUUCGUAUCCAGAAUCUUCAAAUGAAGAGUCUCAUGAUGUUGAUAGAUACUCCAUGUUUGUGAAGUUUUGUAAGUCUGGAUUAGAUCGGCUUGAGUUAAAUGAUUCACAGGAUAUUGAAUAUUCUCGUGUGUGGAAGGAAACAGAAGAAUUUUCUGAACUUGUUGGGCCGUAUUGGACACUACGGGCUGCUCUAGGACCUAUUUUAGAAACUCUACUGCUGCUCGAUAGGCUACUUUAUCUCCAGGAGCAGAGCAAUGUGCUCAGUGAGGCAGUUAUGGUGCCUUUAUUUGAUCCUAUAUUAUCUCCCAGGAAUGUGGCGUUAAUAGCUAGAAAGAUCUGAAACCAUCUUCAAACUUCAAGCUGAAGUUGAUACCGGUAUGCUGUAUAUCAGAAGCUGCUUGUCUUGCGUUUUUGCACUUUCAAUGAUGGUAUCAUCUCCACGCUUUCCUGUUUUAUAUAUUCGAGAAUAAUGCAGUUCAUUCAAGAUGACGCCUGGUUCUAUUAUUUUCUGUUGAUGUAUUGUUAUCUAUUUCUCUCGAGUCCUACGAGUGAAAAGGUAUGCACCGUGUAAGUCAUAUGAAUGCGCGCGUGUCCACCAAAUUUUUUCCCAGGAGGAGAUUAAAGAAAGUGAUGCUUUGUGUGAAAAUGGCAGCCUCUUUUGUUUUCUAGCUUAGCAAGAAUCUGAUGUUCUGGUCUUUUAAAAGAUCUGGGACCGCCGGACCAGUACAUACGUGCUCCAAAAUUUCAACAAAAUUAGUUUUCGGUCUCGAAAACACAGCCUUUUUUGUGUUAAUGCAUGUUAUUUUCAUA